UAAAUGUUUUUGUACAUGGAUAUCAGUUUUGUUUGCACUGUGAGAGUGAACGAUAUAAGUUAUAUUUUCAAUAGCCAAAAAAAAAUGUCAGUUCACGUAAAAAAAUUUCUCUCACCUUUAUCUAAUUUCACUAAAUCAAUAUUACAAAAACAAUUUUCCAUUUCGUCCUGUUCACGAGAAAAAGUUACAUUUAAAUGGGACGAUCCAUUAAAUAUGGAAUCGCAAUUAAAUUCCGAUGAAAUAAUGAUGAGGGAUCAAUUUAAAAUUUAUUGUAAAGAAAAUCUUUUACCACGUGUCAUUGAUGCAAAUCGAAAUGAAUAUUUUGAUAUUGAAAUAAUGAAAGAAUUAGGUAAAAUGGGUGUACUUGGUUGUACAUUGAAAAAUUAUGGCGCCGCGGGUGUUUCAAAUGUUACCUAUGGAUUAUUAACAAAAGAAAUUGAAAAAAUUGACAGUGGUUAUAGAUCAGCAUUUUCUGUUCAAUCAUCAUUAGUAGCGGGAGCUAUUUAUUCUUAUGGCAAUGAGGAACAAAAGAAAAAAUAUCUACCAAAUCUCAUUACUGGGGAUUUAAUUGGUUGUUUUGGUUUAACUGAACCAAAUCACGGUAGUGAUCCAGGAUCAAUGGAAACAAAAGCAGUUUUAGAUCCUAGUAAAAAAUAUUACAAAUUAAGUGGUAGCAAAACUUGGAUCACAAAUUCACCAAUAGCGGAUAUAAUGAUCGUCUGGGCGAAAUGUGAUGGUGAAAUUCGAGGGUUUAUCGUUGAGAGAGAAGGAAAUGAAGGUCGAAUUUCGACUCCAAAAAUUAAUGGAAAAUUCUCAUUGAGAACUUCAAUAACCGGAAUGAUUUUAAUGGAUGACGCUAUGGUUCCUGUUGAAAAUAUGUUUCCCACGAUAAAAGGUCUCAAGGGUCCAUUUGGAUGUUUAAAUAAUGCUCGCUAUGGAAUUGCAUGGGGUGCAUUGGGAGCUGCUGAAUCAUGUUUAAAAUUAGCAAGAACUUAUGUAUUAGAUAGAAAACAAUUUAAACGCCCUUUGGCAGCAAAUCAAUUAAUGCAAAAAAAAAUGGCUGACAUGAUGACGGAAAUUGCAAUUGGUCUUCAAGCAUGCCUUCAAGUUGGAAGACUUAAGGACGAAAAUAAAGCAACACCUGAAAUGAUUUCAAUGAUUAAAAGAAAUUCAACUGGAAAAGCAUUGGAUAUUGCUCGAAAUGCUAGAGAUAUGCUUGGCGGAAACGGAAUUUCUGACGAAUACCAUAUAAUUAGACAUCUCAUGAAUCUAGAAACUGUAAACACCUACGAAGGAACACAUGACAUUCAUGCCCUUAUUUUAGGAAGAGCUAUAACUGGAAUUCCCGCUUUUGCCGGAUAACAUUUUUUUUUUUUUAUAAAAAAAUAAAAUCGUUAAUUCGAAUACAAAAAAAAAAUUCUAUUCAUAAAAAAACGAAAAAAAACCAUUUUUUUUUUUGUCGAAAAAUACUAAAUAUAAAAAAAAACAAAUAUAUGGCCACAAAAAACAUAAAACAUGUUCCGAAAAAAUGUAUACAUAUAUUUUUUUUAUACUUUAAUAAAACAUUUUUCUUCUUUUUGAAAAUACGAUUUUGUUAUUCUUUUUUUUUUUUUGCGGAAAAUUUGCCAUUUAUGUUAAAGACCAAUUAAAUUACGGAAACGUCGAUUUUAAUAUAAAAAUUUAUUAAACAGAAAGGAACAUCUAUCCUAACAGUAGGUACCUAUAUUUUUUGUUAUUUUUUUUUUUUUACUUCACACAUGAAUGUAAACGAAAAUGAGGAACGAUGUCGACAGUGAUCAUUCAACAGAGUGGAAGGAGUAAAAACAUGAGAUAAAAAUUCUCUUUUUUUUCAAAUAACAAAAUUUAAUUUUUUUUCCCCCCCUUUUUUUAAAAAAAAAGUUUUCUUUUUCUUCCUUCAACUCUGUUGGAAAUAUCAUUAAAAAAAAAAAAUCAAAAUGCCUCUUCUGACGCGUUAAACAUUGUUAAUUGCACAUAAUUGAAAAAAAAAAAAUAAAUAAAUUUAAAAAAAAAUAAGCAAUCAACAAGGACAUUAAACACAAUCGACUCGAUUUUCUUUUCUCUUUUUUUUCUUUUUGUUUUUUCAUUUUUGUUCUCGUUUAAUAAUAAAUAAAUUAAUUGUUUAAUAGCUAAGUAAUAAAACGUUAAUUAUACAUAUCGAUAAUUAAUUAAUUAAUUAAGUACAACACACGUCUCGUGCAAAAGUGUAAAGAAGUUAGUGCUACACUCAAUAUUUUUUUUUUUUUUUUUUUAUGACUUAAACUGUGUUUAAUAAUAAUUUCUCGGCUACAAUAAGCUCUUCGUAAAACGUAGUAACAUUGUAGUUUACAAUAGUUUACAAUAUUGUUCACGUCUUGAUCGUCAAAAAAUGUGUCUAUUACAUAGGUACACAUUAUGUUGAAAUCGAAUUUUUUUUCUUCUAAUUUAUAAAUAAAAAAAAAAAAUUGUCAUUUUUUUCUAUUUUUUUAAGAUUAAUAAUCGCUUUUUUUAUAAUAAAUUCCUGGAUUUCGUUUCUUUUUGUUUCCAUUUUAUAAUAAGGCUCAGCUCAAAAGUCAACGAGAUCCCGGAUUUUUAAAUUGUUUUAUCAAUUUUAUUUAUUAUUGAAAAAAAAAAACAUUUUUCAAAUUCGAUUUCAACAUUUACAAACUUUUUUUUUCCCCCUUUACACCUCAGGCGAAAAUUUGUUUCAUCGAGAGAGAGAAAAACAAAUCACAAAUAUUUUUACAGCAAAUUUUCACUGUCAAAAAAUAUUCUCAAAAUUCUAAUUUUAUAUUUAUUUUCAUAUUUAAAGGUGGAAUUAUUGUUUUUUUUUUUUUUUUUUCUCCUAAUGAAAAGAAAAUCUGGUUAUUCAUUUAAAAAAUUAAAUUUUGAUUUCCUUUUUGAAAAUAAUAACAAUUUUAGAAUAAUAAAAAAAAAACAAUCGAAAACAAUAAUCCUGCCCUUAAAUAUUUCCGAAUAUGGAAAAUUUGCUGUUUUGCAAUUUUGUAUUUAUCUCUCGAUGUAUAACAUUUUUUUUUUAUUCUUUUUUUCAAUAUCAAGUUUUCAUGACCCAUGUCAUCUUCUAGGGGCUACGGGAAAUAAAUAAAUAAUAAAUAAUUAUUAUAAACGAACGAGCUAAUUAACCUUUGGUAUUUUUUUGUGAUAACGUUUUUUUUUUUUUAUUCGAUUAAGCAUUGUACUAAAAACAUUUCACCAUUUUUUCUGGAUCGAUCGCGCUCUAGUACUUUUAUUUUUUUUAUCAAUAAAUUUAUGGCACGUUGUAUUUUCAACUGUUUUUUUUUUUUUUUUUUGGUUGCCAUUUUCACUAAAUACACCAUAUAACAGCCCCAUUAAAGAGACCAUAUUCCCAUGCAUUCGUGUGUAUUUUUAUUUUAUUUAUUCAUUUUUUUUUUUUAAUAUUAUUUUAUUUAUUUAUUUUUUUUUGGUUCUUACUCUCAUCGCUUACGACGACUUCUGUUUAAUAUAAUAAAUAUAAUAGUGUAUACUUGGUUUGUAUUUGUAUUUUACAAUAUAUCCCCAUCAAUCAACUAAUCGAUACCUUAUUGUCGUGUGAACUGUUUCUUUUUGUUUACACUGUUCCUCUUUUUUUUUUUUUUUUUUUUUUUUUUU